AUGCGUGGGGAUCGCGAUCGGUAUAUAUACGGCGCGGCGAGCUUGGAGGGGCCACAUUGCAGCAACCACAGCCGCAACAGCAAUCGCGUGGGCCGUGGCGGGCACGGCGCGAGCUCCGUGUGCGGGCCGUGUGCGGGCCGCGUGGCUGCACAGAGCGGCCGCAGGCACGUCGCGGGUGCGGCGAGAUAUCGUGUGCUGCAAACGGAAAUAUCUGUGCCCCGGGCCGGCGCCUGCGCGGGCGUCUGCGCUGCGCUGCGCUCGCCCCUGCGCUCGCCUCUGUGCGGCUCCCCGCCGUGCCUGUGCAUUGUGCGGCCCGUCCCCAGAACAGCGCGCAGGCAUGCGCCGGGGCACCCUCGCGGUCGCCGUCGCCGUUGCCGUUUCCGUCGCACUUGCCGUUUCCGUCACCGUAGCCAGAUCCGGCUCGGCCAGGGCAAUGCAACACGCCAGGCACCGAUAAAUGUUUUAACUUUACAAAUAUCUAAAUUGAUAUUGAGAUUGAUAUUGGGUUUUUUUCUGGGCAAUUCUGUUGGGCAAGCUGUUGCUGAGCAGAUAAUGCUGUGGGCGCGCCAGCGUGGACCAGCAGAAUGGCAGUGCAGGCGCCAAAUACACCCCGCCACACCCGAUGGCACGGCACUCCCGGGCACUCCCGGCUCGCGAGUUUUGCCGCUUUGGCGCCCGCACGUGCCCGCUGCGGCGCUACCACGCGGGGCGGUUGCCUUGAGGACCGAUAAGGCCAGGCAGAGGCCAGGCAGAGGCCAGGCCACGGCAACUGCAACGGCAACGGCAACGACUCCGCAUAGGCCACAGUGUGUUGCCCUGCACCCUGCAAGCGCUUCGCGGGGCAUGCGCAGCAUGUGCAGACUCGGCUCGGCUGACUCGGCACGAACGGCUGAACGCAGACCGCCCACGGCCCACCGCCUUCCGCUCCGGGCAACAGAAGCGAGAACGCGCCAGACCGCGCCAGAUCGUGCAUACCGUUCCGCGGAGGCACCGUGCCUGGCCAUACCAACAUUAGUAGCGUGUGCCGUCCGUGUGGCGCCUGCAUAA